AUGGAAGGCUACCUUUUAAAAUGAACUAACUAUGUUUUCGGCUGGCAAAGGCGGUAUUUUAUCCUGCAUGAUGGAGUUCUUCACUACUGCAAAGAAAAAGGAUCUUCAAAGCGUGGCGCUAUACAUCUUGAUAUUUCGAAUGUAUUUAAACACCCCAGAAAUCCGCUGAGAUUUUAUAUAGACACAGGCUGCACCUCAGUUCAUCUCAAAGCGUUUACAGUUUCAGAAGCUGAAGACUGGUAUUGGGCUAUCAGAAGGGAGCAGUCAGACAGAACUGACGCUCCAAGACAAAACCCUAACUCCCUCCUCAGUGGAAGCUAAAACUUGCAAAAAUCAUUCUUUUUAUUAAAAAAAUCUCCUUAAAAAUAAUUUUUUUAUUAAAUCUUAAACAUAUAACAAAGGCCCGAUUUUAUAAUUUUUAACCUAAUAAAAAUCUUAAAUAAAAAUAUAAUCAUUUAAGAUCAAAUAAAAUAAUUUUGCUUAACUGUGUAGAGAGUAAAGAAAUCCCGAUAUCAGAAAUAAUUUCAGGCAAAAUUGGAGAGAUGUGAAGCGUCCAUGCUCAAAUUCAGGCCGCAAUUGAUUUAAUUCCUUCUAACAUGAAAAAACAUAUCCCAGGGCUUGACAAGAUUAUUAGCCUCACUGAACAAAUGAAAAUCAUAGGUUCAGAAACAUUAGGGAUUAUUGAGGAUGCAGAAAAAAACCAUUUGAAAUUGUGAAAUGAGCCUCCUGAAGUCGAUAUUGGAGGGGUAGAGUUUGAUAAAGUCCAAAAAGAAAGGGUCGAGGCUGGCUAUGAUAUUGGCAUUGAUGACGACGCAAUUGACUUUGUAGAUGCUCAGAGCCAUAUUUCAGAGAAAAUAGAAGAAAUUGAAGUGAAUUUAUUAGUCCCUAAUGAUUUAAUGCCACAUAGAAGCUGCUUACCUGUGCUAAGAAACCCUAGACAGAAAAUAAAUAUAUGAAAAGUCAUAAAAGAUUCAAUAGGACUUGAAUUAAGCAGGAUUGCAGUGCCUGUAUAUUUUAAUGAGCCCUUGAGCUUUUUACAACGAUUUAGUGAAGAUUUGACUUAUAGUGAAACCCUUGUAAAAGCAGCCACAUGCCCAGACUCCUGCAUGAGGCUUGCUUAUGUAGCAUGCUUUGCUGUAUCUUCAUACGCAAGUAAUGAAAACAGAACAAUGAAGCCUUUUAAUCCCUUAUUAGGUGAAACCUACGAGUUACAAAGAGAUGGGUUUAAUUUGAUAAGUGAGCAGGUUUCCCAUCAUCCCCCUGUUUCAGCAAUUCAUGUAGAUCAUGAAAAGUAUUGGUUUUCUGGGAUGACACAAGUAAAAACAGCUUUUAAAGGGACUUAUCUUGUGGUUAACCCGAGCGGAACGUUCCAUGUAGGCUUGAAGCCAUAUAAUGACCAUUUUGUGUGGCAGAAACCUCUGUCUAAUGUACACAAUAUCAUUAUGGGAAAAAUUUAUCUGGAACAUUAUGGGACGGUAGAAAUGAGCAAUAUUGCGACUGGGGAUAAGGCAGUUAUUGAAUUGAAGAAGGCGGGGUGGUUUGAAAGGCCUUCAGGCGAAGUCGCUGGAAGCAUUUUAGACGCAAAUGGGGUAGAAAAGUACAAAAUUUAUGGAAAAUAUAAUGAAGGGAUGAAUAUCAUAGAGCCCAUCACUGGGGAUACCACAGUUGCAUGGAAGCUUUAUCCAAAUCCUGAUGCUUUUGAACACAGUUAUUAUUUCAGUGAUUUUGCUUUGCAGUUAAAUUUACCUCCAGAACUGGUCCCUGGAAUAGCCCCUACAGAUUCUCGACUGCGCCCAGAUCAGCGAGCUCUCGAAAACGGUGACAUAAAAUUCGCUAAUUAAAAUGGACUAUCUUGGAUUUUCUGGUCUCCCAGUGAGAAUUGUUCUUUCGAGUUUUUUAAUUAUGGGGUCAGCUUUUUCCAGUAAUUUAGCCUGGACAUGGCAGGGAAUUAAGAGCCUACCUUUUCUAGUGGAGGACUCCUGUCCUUAGGGAAUGUAAUUUCCUGAAGGAUGCUACUACACCAGGCGGUGAAUACUGGGACUUUAAGAGUGCCGAUCGGACUCAAGUUGGUAAGACUGAGCUGAAAGUGCAGCUGUCUAAGGAUCCAAACAUCGGAGGCGGCGUAGACAUUGGUGAAUGGUUUUUCUCAACAAAACCAAGUUGGGUCAGCAACUUAGCGGGUCUUGGACACAGACCCUAACUUUGAAAUAAUUAACGUUAACGACAUAAAAUUCGCAAGCUCCGAAAAAUUCCGACUUGAAGAAAAGCAAAGAGCAAGCAGAAAAAUUUUAGAAGAAACUGGAGAAAUUCAUCAGCCAAAAUGGUUUGAGCAGCGCAAUGACGAAUGGGUGUAUAGUGGAGGGUAUUGGGAAGACAAAGCCAAAGGCUGCUUUACAGGGUGUCCUGAUAUAUUUUAA